AUGAACGACGACGACAAUGACCUCCAUCUUAUUUCGCAGGAGCUGCUGGCGCGGUUGGCGUUUGGUCUGGAUGUCGAGACGGCACGAGAGGUUGUGCGGGCGGUGGCUGGGGAGGAGCCACGGGCUGGCAUGGAGGCCUCGCCGGUGGUGCGGAUCGGCGACUCGCUGACCUUGCUACAUCUGGCAGUGCAGGCACCGUCGCUUGAGGUGGUCGAGUUCCUGCUGAGCAUCGGUCACCCGACGGAGGUGCGCACGGUUGUGGGCGAGACGCCGCUAGAUCAGGCGGCGUGGCUGGGGCUGGCCAAUGUGGCCGGUGCCCUACUCGCCGGCGGAGCGAACCCAAACUGCGCCACCGAUCUUGGCUACACACCGCUGCAUCGGUGUGCGUACUACGGCCAUCCGCAGCUGGCGGCGAAGCUGCUGCUCAUGGGCGCGAACAAGGACCUUGUGGACUCGAACGGCGACAAGCCGUACGACUGUGCGGUCGCCCAGGGCCAUGACAGCAUCGCUAGCAUGCUACAGCCCAACAUGGUUAACGGUGUGGAACUCUGGGAUGCCGUGUACGUCCCUCUUGAGGCGUUCCGUGCGCUUGAGACGAUGGAGCGGCGGCUGGCAGGCACGGAUGCGCCCGGCUCUGCCGAGGGCGGCGACAGCUUCGGCAGCGACGCCGCCGACCUUGAUCCACUCGACGAAUAA